CGGCAUGUUGUAAAGCUCAUCUGAUGAAACCAUGUGAUGUGACGUUUACUCCAAUCCGUCUUAAUAUGUCCUGAAAGCCAGCGCACUGAAUGGCAAAGAAAUAUGAUCAUUUGGUGAAAUUAAUGCUAAUUGGUGACAGCGGAGUCGGAAAAACCGCCAUUUUAGUACGUUUUGUGGACAAUGAGUUCACUCCGUCAUUCAUGACGACUAUAGGUAUUGACUUCAAGAUAAAGACUAUUAAUGUGAACAACAAGAAAGUGAAAAUGCAGAUAUGGGAUACAGCGGGACAGGAGCGAUUUCACACAAUAACGAAACCUUACUACAGGGGAGCCAUGGGUAUUGUCAUGGUAUUUGCAGUGGAUGAUCAGCAAUCAUUUCUCAAUAUAAGAACGUGGCUCCAAAACAUCGAAGAUAACGCUCAGGACGGAGUACACACGCUGGUUUUAGCUAACAAGUGCGACAUUGCACCAGAGGAGAGGGACGUCUCUAAAGACGAUAUCAUCAAUUUUUCAGAAGAAAAUAACAUAGCGGUGUUUGAAACUAGCGCGAAAACGAACAAGGGGAUCGAUGAGGUAAUUAUUGAUCAAUUCAUUAAGUUUUAAAAAAUGGAAAAUGUUUUCUCAUCAAGUGGUGGAAUCUUAGAAUAACAAGAAAGGAGCUGUGUCAUUAUGCCACUACUCCGUGCUACAAUAUUUAACUUUUUUCUUUGGCUUGAUUAUAUUGCUCUAUGAAUAGAUCUAAUAGAUGUACC